UGCCGGGGCGGGGCGGCGGAGCAACUACCACGUGGCGGCUGAUGUAACCGGGGCCCCCCCCGCCUCCGUGCUGCACCGGGCGGCGGGGAAAAGCCGGGCGGCCGGCGCCUCGCGGCGGGCUGUCCGGGCUGCCCGCGGAGCUGCGGCCGGAGCCGCCCCCGGGCGGGGGCAGGGCCCGGCCGGUGCCCGCCUCUCCUGGGUACCGGGGAGCCCCGGCUGCGGUGGGCCCGGCUGAUGCUGGCGAAUGAAAUGGCCUCGCAGGUGGCAGCGGCUGCACCGGCGCCCUGGGCCGCCCGCCGGGCGGGAGGAGACGUGGGGGUUCCGUGUUUUAGCCGGGCAUCCAUCGCCUUCCCGUGGGUGCUCUCGCCUGCGUUCCACCUCUGCCGAGGUGUGACACCUCAGCCGGGAGCCCCUGUGGGUGCUCAGGUGUCCCCAUUUCAAGGUGCCACCCGUCCCAUCUCUAGGCACGAGCUGCCAGCCCUGCGGGCUGUCACAGCAUGGCACGGCUCUGGGAGAGCUGCCCUGGAGUACCUAUGCAUUGCAUCCCUGUCCCUGCCAUCCCCACGGGAUGCCACAGCCUCGGGCAUCUCUGCAUCCAUCCCAUUGCCUGCUUGGCUGAGCACUCACCUCCUUGCCAGGCUGGGAGCCGAAGCCGGUAGCAUCUACGCAGGCACACGGCCUUAUCACUGCCUGGCAGACCCCGGGGGGAGUGGCGGUCUGUCCCCUUGGGCACUCUCCCCACCCAGGACACAGGAUGAGUCCAUGGACUGAAUCCAGGGCCGCAGGGCAGGCACCUUUUGGCUUACUGGCAAUAGGUGUGCAGUGGGGGGAAGGUCUGGCUGCCAGCCCUGCACCUCCCACCUCUGAGAGGUCCCUGAGGAGUGAAGUUUGUCGUCCUCCCUGCACAGUGAUGACAUCUUGGUUCCCCUUGGAAAUGCAGCCGAUCCUGGGGUGGGGUUGGUGGGUGCGACACAGUAUCUGCCUGCAGCAGCCUGCCUGUGCUGCAGAGGCUGUGGCUGGGGGGCUCACGGUGCGCCUCCCAGCCUCUUGCGAUUUAUCUCUGCUGUCCAUACUCCCUCUCCAUGGCUUCAGAACCUAGUGUCCCUCUGUCAAUCGCUCCAUACUCACAGUGGCCUGGGUACAGGCCCUGGGGUGCUUGGCUGGUGGUGGGGGACCUUUCAUGGGGGUUGCAGCUCCUUUCCCAGCCAGCAAGGACACCGAGUGCUGAUGUGGGAUCUGCAAACACUGAUGCUGUCUCAUGGACAAGCAAACUGGUGUUUUGCAAGAGUGGCUGUCCCUCUCAGUGAGGUCAGGCCCCAGUGCUCCCCUGGGGCCUCCAGCAGCCCUAGGCUGGAGCAGGGGUAGGAGCAAGGGUAAGAGCAGGCAGCUAGCUGCCUGUGCCCUGUCCAGCAGCACCUGGUGCUUGGCAGAGCCCAGUGGCUCAGCCCCCCCAUGCUGCACGUGCAUGCGAUGCACCGGGGCAGAAGGCAAUCGUUUCCCAUCUGUGUCCUGCGCGGCAGCUGAGCCCUGAGCUGGCCCCGCUCAGCGCACAGUCCCGGAGCUGCCGUGUGUUGCAGCCACUUCAGCUCCAGCUCUCACUGGGGGAGAGCUCACGGGGCCCCGCUCCUGCUCACGGCUCCUGACGCCCACCUGCUGGGAGGCCAGAAGCCAGCUGUCCACAAGGUCAUCUGUCCACAGCGGCUUGCUCUAACAGUGGAUUGAAGCGCAUCGGUGCUGGUGCCACAGCCAGCGUGACGGAGAGCAGGCAGGCGAGCCACCCCGUGGCAGGCAGCCGGCACCAGGGAUGGCUGAUAAGUGCAGCGAGGGGCUGCUGAACGGCGCCGUGCCCGGGGAGCAGGGCAAGCAGGACAAGAGCAUCAAGCGUGGCAACUGGGGCAACCAGAUCGAGUUCGUGCUAACCAGCGUGGGCUACGCUGUGGGGCUGGGCAACGUCUGGCGCUUCCCGUACCUCUGCUACCGCAAUGGGGGAGGUGCCUUCAUGUUCCCAUACUUCAUCAUGCUGGUGUUCUGCGGCAUCCCCCUCUUCUUCAUGGAGCUUUCCUUCGGGCAGUUUGCUAGCCAGGGCUGCCUUGGUGUCUGGAGGGUCAGCCCCAUGUUCAAAGGCGUGGGCUACGGGAUGAUGGUGGUGUCCACGUACAUCGGGAUCUACUACAACGUGGUGAUCUGUAUUGCCUUCUACUACUUCUUUGUGUCCAUGACGCCCGUGCUGCCCUGGACAUACUGCAGCAACCCCUGGAACACACGCGACUGCGCAGGGGUGCUGGAUGGGAACCUCUCCAGCCACACUGCCCUCAACCUCACCCACCUCCUCAACUCCACCCAGAAGCGCACCAGCCCCAGCGAAGAGUACUGGAGGAGGUACGUGCUGGACCUGUCGGAUGACAUUGGGAACCUGGGUGAGGUGCGGCUGCCCCUCCUGGGCUGCCUUGGUGUCUCCUGGGUUGUCGUCUUCCUCUGCCUCAUCAAGGGUGUCAAAUCCUCAGGGAAGGUGGUGUACUUCACGGCCACCUUCCCCUAUGUGGUGCUCACCAUCCUCUUCGUGCGCGGCAUCACGCUGGAGGGGGCCAUCACCGGCAUCAUGUACUACCUGACGCCCCAGUGGGACAAGAUCCUCAACGCCAAGGUAUGGGGUGAUGCAGCCUCACAGAUCUUCUAUUCGCUGGGCUGUGCCUGGGGCGGACUCAUCACCAUGGCCUCCUACAACAAGUUCCACAACAACUGCUACCGGGACAGCAUCAUCAUCAGCAUCACCAACUGCGCCACCAGUGUGUACGCCGGGUUUGUUAUCUUCUCCAUCCUGGGCUUCAUGGCCAACCAUUUGGGUGUGGACGUCUCCAAGGUGGCUGACCAUGGCCCCGGCCUGGCCUUUGUUGCCUACCCUGAGGCCCUCACUCUGCUCCCUAUCUCUCCCCUCUGGUCCAUCCUCUUCUUCUUCAUGCUUAUCCUCCUGGGGCUAGGCACACAGUUUUGCCUGCUGGAGACGCUGGUCACGGCUAUCGUGGAUGAGGUGGGCAACGAAUGGAUCAUCCGCAGGAAGACUUUUGUGACGCUGGGGGUGGCCGUGGUGGGCUUCCUGCUGGGUGUCCCACUUACCACACAGGCGGGCAUCUACUGGCUCUUGCUGAUGGACAACUAUGCCGCCAGCUUCUCCCUGGUUGUCAUCUCCUGCAUCAUGUGUGUGGCCAUCAUGUACGUUUAUGGAUACCGCAACUACUUCAAGGACAUUGAGAUGAUGCUGGGCUUCCCACCUCCACUCUUCUUCCAGAUCUGCUGGCGCUUCAUCUCUCCUGCCAUCAUCUUUUUCAUCCUGGUCUUCACAGUGAUCCAGUACCGGCCCAUCUCCUACAACGACUAUGUCUACCCCACUUGGGCCAUCAGCAUCGGCUUCCUCAUGGCACUCUCCUCAGUCAUCUGCAUCCCCAUCUACGCUAUCUACAAAGUGUGCCGCUCCGAGGGAGACACCCUGCUGGAGCGCUUGAAAAAUGCUACCAAGGCAAGCAAGGACUGGGGCCCAGCGCUGGCAGAGCACCGCAGCGGGCGCUACGCCCCGGUGUUCAGCCCCUCCACCGAGUCCCACCUGGAGGUGCAGCCCCUGCAGCCGGAGAAGGGCCGGAGCGAGGCAGCGGCUGCCUCCCCCGUGCAGGGCAGCAAUGGCUCAGCCCACAGCCAGGACUCCAGACUGUGACCCCCCGCCAACCCCGCACCCCCUCUAACCCCUCCCGCGCGGUGACACUUCUUGAACCUUCCGCUGGCGGAGCCUGGCUCCGGGCUGCACCGGACUGCGGGGGGCUCUCAGCGCCCAUUCCCGAGACCCCCACACCUCCUUGCCGGUUAACCACCCCUCCCUGCCCCCUUCCCCCACCCCCCGUGGCGUUCGUUAACCCUUGUGUUUACGGUAACCUUUGUGCACAACGCUGGGACAAGAGAGGAGGGGGCACAGCCCUGGGAGGGCUCGGAGCCAGAGGCACUUUGCAGGGGCCCUGCCCCAGGGGGAUGUACAGGAUGGGGGGGAGCAGGAUGCCCCCCAGCUCCCGGGCCCCCAGCAGCCAGGCACCCUGCCCCACUGUGGGGAACCCUCCUGGCCUACCAAUAGGCAGGGCAUGGGGUGGGAGCAGAGGUGGGUAUGCUGGGACCACCAAUGGCUGCCCCAAGCUGUGCGUGCACAGGGCUGUGAUGGUGGGGGUUGCCACUGCAGGGGCCCCCAGCCCAGGCAGCCACCUGCUGUGGCUCAGAGCCUGCAGGUUCCCACGGGUGGCCAUUGCGCAAGGAUGGUGCCAAGCACCCGGCUAGCACAAGGAGACAGGGGCAAGCACACUGCCAUGGGCAGUGGGAUCUCAUGGCAUAAUACACAAGCACUUAGAGCACACGUGUGCAUACGUGUGUAUCCCUUGCAGACACGGUACGGGCACGUAUGUGGUCAUGCACAUACAUACAGUACCCUGGGGCUGUGCAGGCAGUGAGCUGGUAUGUACCUCCCUAUUCCCCUGUGCACCCCUCCACCCUGUGGCCCCACUGGGGGCCUGUGGUUGCCCACACAGGUGGCCAGACUGCCCGCAAAGUGGGCACAGCCCCAGCACUGCUGCCUACUCCAUGGCAAGGCAGGAAGCUGGGGAGCACUUAAGCCUGGCAGAGGGGUGAAGGGGUAGGGCUGGAGUCCAGCUCACCCCAGCAGGGGCAGAGGGGACCUUCCAUGGUGCUAAGGGGGAGCAGGAUGCACCACCCCUCCCCCCCCCGCCCCCAGCUGCUGCUAGCAAGAGGUAUCAGUGGAGGCGAGGGGGGGCUGCACCAGCCUAUUUGCUCCAAACCAUGUGGGGACACUUGGUCCCCAACUAGUAUUAGUGGAGCAGGAUGCACUGGCAAAGACCAAGCAGUUUAAAAUUUGUCUUCCAGCUCCAGCCAAAGGGCUCGGAGCUCUCGGUUCGGGGUGGAUGGGGUGGGAAGGGCCCACUGCUCCCCUCCCAGCCAGCACCCUGUGCCCCCUCUCUGUGCUGCAGCUCUGAAGCUGGCACAGGGCCAUGGCACAGCUUGGCAUGGCAGUGGGAGGUGGUGGGCAGCGGGUGCUGAGCCCUGGCAGGACGUUCCAGCUCCCCUGGCCCUGUCCCAAGCCCCCCGCCAUGCUGUGGCGAGGGGUGCAGGUUCCUGCAUGGUGCCCGUGCCCUGCCCCACGUUUCACGCCGCUACUCUUCACCUCUAAUCGUUAGCAAUAACGCGCACGUCCCUGGGCAGCGCUGCCUGUGCCAGUGUCUCUCCCAGUGUAGAGUUCUAAAGUAUCAUAGAUUUUAAUGAGAUUUAUAUUCCUGA